AUCAUGUAAUCAGAUAGGUGUAAUCAAUUGUAAUUGUAAAAAAAAAAAUUAGCUGAAAUUGCGUGUCACGUGUCUGAAUUCCGAGUGUAUUCGACCCCGCGCACAUCCACGCACAACGUAUUGUCUAUAUCGGCUGUCAGUUUGGUCGCAGUCGCGACUCCUGUCGAAAUUAUAAUCUACGAAAAAAAAAAAGGAAAACAGUAACAAAAAAAUAAUAAUUUAAGUAUUUAAGUUUUAAGAACGACUGCUGGAAGUAACAAUGAGUGCGAUCCUGAAAACGGCGAACCUCCUCGCAGCUUCCACGAAGGUUGGACUGAGCAGGCCAGCCCUAUCGAAAGCCCUGCACAUCUCAGUCAACCGUAAAGAUGCUAAAGUUAACACCAGCAUGUCAUCAUCGUAUCCGGUUAUCGAUCACGACUAUGAUGCUGUGGUCGUCGGAGCUGGAGGCGCUGGACUCAGGGCCGCCUUUGGACUUGUCGCCGAGGGAUUUAAGACUGCUGUCAUUACGAAACUGUUUCCGACCAGAUCUCACACCGUAGCAGCUCAAGGUGGUAUCAACGCUGCUUUAGGCAACAUGGAGGAAGACAAUUGGCAGUGGCAUAUGUACGAUACGGUGAAGGGAUCCGAUUGGCUGGGCGAUCAGGAUGCCAUCCAUUACAUGACGAGGGAGGCGCCGAAGGCUGUCAUCGAGCUGGAGAACAACGGAAUGCCGUUCUCGCGUACGCAAGACGGUAAAAUCUAUCAGAGGGCCUUCGGAGGUCAAUCUUUGAAGUUCGGCAAGGGCGGACAAGCUCACAGAUGCUGCUGCGUAGCGGACAGGACCGGGCACAGUCUGUUGCAUACCUUGUACGGACAAUCGCUUCGCUACGACUGCAAUUACUUCAUCGAGUACUUUGCCAUGGAUUUGCUGAUGGAGAACGGAGAGUGCCGAGGCGUUAUCGCCAUGAACCUCGAGGAUGGUAGCAUCCACAGAUUCAGAAGCAAGAAUACUGUAUUGGCGACGGGCGGUUACGGUCGCGCCUACUUCUCCUGCACGUCCGCCCACACCUGCACCGGUGAUGGUACUGCCAUGGUGAGCCGCGCCGGUCUCCAGAACCAGGAUUUGGAAUUCGUUCAAUUCCAUCCGACUGGCAUUUACGGUGCCGGCUGUUUGAUCACGGAAGGUUGCCGCGGCGAGGGUGGCUACCUGAUCAACUCGCAAGGUGAAAGGUUCAUGGAGCGUUACGCCCCCGUAGCCAAGGAUCUGGCAUCACGCGACGUCGUUUCCCGCAGUAUGACCAUCGAAAUCCGCGAAGGUCGCGGUUGCGGACCCGAAAAGGAUCACGUCUUCCUGCAGCUGCAUCAUUUACCAGUGGAGCAGUUGCACUCGCGUCUGCCUGGCAUUUCGGAGACGGCGAUGAUCUUCGCCGGCGUCGACGUGACCCGCGAACCGAUCCCCGUACUUCCGACCGUCCACUACAAUAUGGGCGGCGUGCCGACCAACUACAAGGGACAAGUGCUGACCAACGAGAACGGUCAAGACAAAGUCGUUCCCGGACUGUACGCCUGCGGCGAAUCCGCUUCCUCGAGCGUGCACGGCGCCAACCGUCUCGGCGCCAACUCGCUUUUGGAUUUGGUCGUCUUCGGCAGAGCUUGCGCCAAGACCAUCGCCGCCGAGAACAAGCCAGGAGAGAAGAUCGGUGCUCUGAGCCAAAACGCCGGUGAAUUCUCCGUCGCCAAUCUGGAUUGCGCUCGCUACGCCAACGGCAGCAUCCCCACCGCCGCUCUCAGAUUGAACAUGCAGAAGACGAUGCAAGCGCACGCUGCCGUCUUCAGGACUGCGAGCGUCCUCCAGGAGGGCAUCAAGAAGAUGGAACAGCGCUACAAGGAACUGAAGGACGUCAAGGUCCACGACAGCAGUUUGAUCUGGAACUCCGAUCUGGUGGAGACACUGGAAUUGCAGAACCUGAUGUUGAACGCUAUGCAGACCAUCGUCGGAGCGGAGAACCGUAAAGAGUCCCGUGGCGCUCACGCCAGGGAGGACUUCAAGGACAGAAUCGACGAGCUGGACUACAGCAAACCGUUGGACGGACAGACCAGGAAGCCCAUGGAGGAGCACUGGAGGAAGCACACUCUGACCACCAUGGAUCCAUCCACCGGUGAAGUUACCAUUAAAUAUAGGCCCGUCAUCGACGAAACUUUGAACCAGCAGGAGUGCGCCACCGUUCCCCCAGCGAUCAGAUCGUACUAAACUAGUCCCUAAUUCGAGAGCGUUGUUAAUUGUUAAUUUAAAUGAUGGGGAAAGGCAAAGGGAAGAAAAACAACGGCUAACAGCUGUUAUUAUUCUAAUUAUUAUUAUUAUUAUUUAAUUAUUUUUUUGAAGUAUUUGCACCACACAACCAAUAGGCGUAGAUAGAGAGCAUUAAUUUAUUUUCGUUUCCCUUACCCUUAUAGACAUGAUUUGUUAUUAUUUAUUUUUUAUUUUAUCAAUCCUUGGAGGGGAAAUCCACGGUACAAACUUAUUUACGAUCGCAUUAGGAACUAAACUAUAAAGAAACACACAAACACAGCGAGGCUACACUACAUAUACAUAUGAUCAGAACAAAUUGAUUCUUCGACAGACCUAUGGAACCUGGACUUGGUUUUAAUGGCAAAGAAAAUAUAAUUAUUAAUUUUA